GAUUCAAAAUUAGAAAAAAUCAGUGAUCGUCAAGUUUAUUGUCAUUAUUGUGAUACUGGAACACCAAUUACUUUAUAUCGAAAUAAUGACAGCUAUCGGCUAUGGCAGCAUCUUGAAACAAAUAUGCAUAAAAAUAAUGUAAUAUAUGAAAAAUCAAAUCCUUCCAAAAGGCUUCAUACUACUUUCUUAAAUUUUGAAAUAUGCUAUGGUUAUUAUUCUAAGUCAUUUGCAGCACUUGCACAAUAUGGAACAUCAACGAACAACUACAAAAUUUUACUUGAUGAUAAUCUAUUUGAUAAAAAGAUUAAGACACAUGGAUACAUUAAAAGUAACAAAUGCGAAGGGUAUACAACAUCUAAAUAUUGUUUUGAAUGUGGUAAUCUAGCGCAAUCAGAUGCUGUACAAAAAAGAAAUCGACGUUAUCAAGAGCUUAUUACGCAGAUUGAUUGUUUACUUCUCUUGAAAGAAGGUCAGCCCAUACCUGCAAGUAUUAUUUCUCAGUUUGAAAAUAGCUGGAUUCAAUUCGAUGUCAAAAAGUUAUAUGAUACGUAUGUUGAAAAAGAAAUGUCAGAUCAUUCCUAUUAUACAACCAUUAAUAAAUAUCCUACACUUGGGCAUAUUAUUGAAGCAGUUGAAACCAAUAGGCUUGAAAAUUGGAUUGGACAAUGUAUAACCUUUUUGGUUGAUAAGACAAUGGAAAAAAAUCGACCUGUAUUUGUUGGAAUGGCACAAGCUAUUAUGAAAGUUAUUGAUAAAAUGCAACGUAGUAUAACUACUAUGAGAGGAAUUGGAGAAUAUCAUGAAGGUUUUAUUGAUUUUUUAAUCGUGCUUAUGUCUAUUAGCACUUUAGCAACAUGUUGGCUUACAGCAAAUUUGGCUAGACCAACAAUCUGA